AAACGCUAGGCUACACUCUGGCAGAUCCCCAGCAGAGGAGAGGCCACCAGUCCUGUCACGGAGCCUCGACACAGACAGGCACCUCAGCCAUCAGCAUCAGCCCUGUGGAUGGCGCUGCGCAAACAUGAACCCUGGGAUCUGCUUGUAUCAUGGUCGUGAUUGUGGGACGUUUGAUACCUGCGAUAAUAUUGGACUGCGCAUCCGCGAAGGCUAGCUGCAGAGCGUCACGCAUUGCAUGCCGGCAGCCUCGACACAGUCACCAAUCACCCCAAACUGGCCGUCAACGCUCAUCAUCAUGGAGAGCGAACAGAGCUCGGGCUCUGUUUCCUCUCCGUGCGGCCGUUGUCGGGAGGCCCAUGCUUGAAUCAUGGAGAGCGGUUCCCCUUACCCCAAUUCGCCCAAAAGGAGCACGAAAAACUUUCCAAAGGGUACCAUUUCUGGAGGUACCUGUCGGAGCGUCGUUCGUACACAAGUUACCCAUGCUCGCUCCGAAGAUUCCAGUGCGUCCGCACAUGGCACCCAUGUCUCUGCAGCACGAAUUUCUGAGCGGUUUUUGCGCGUCCAGCUUAUCAAGAACGGACGAAGCGUCGUAUCCGCGCCAGAGUGCAGCACAUCAAGAGAGACGCGGGUGGAACAUUGGAGCCGCCCUGGCCAAGGACAGCGUCCAGAAACAGACUGACGCAGCCAGGAGUGACCGCACAGAGUAGUCCUAGGGUUGGCCAAUGUCGUCUCGAAUAGUACGGCUCGGCUGUGAAAAAGACGGUUGUGUGUUGGACGAUAAUUUUCCGUUUCUCCGUCCAUUCAUAGGACGGCGUAGUGGGUCAGAGUCAGAG